AUGUUCAGGCUGUUGUCUUCCGAUAGUCUGCUGGAAGCAAAGCCGUUUGUCAACACACCGAUAGCAUCUGGCAACGGACGGCAUUCGCAUUUAAGAGCCGAUCGCUGGGCAAGUGCAGGUCAAUCGUACGUUAGCUUCCAGCCGGUAGAGAAGUGCUCUAACGGGGCAGCAGCAGCCGCAGCCGCAGCCGCUACAGCGCAACCACCAUCCUACUACAACGAGAAGUCCGAACAGAUGCAGCUGUUCAAAUGGCCCGGGCAGCUUGUGCUGUUCAACUUUCUCAUGUUCAUGUCCUGGCGCUCAUGUAGAGGUCUUAAUGUUCCCGACUAUAGCUCACGCUAUCAGAGAGAUCCCCAGACUGUAAUUAGCAAGAACGACGCCAACCGCAAUCCCGACUUUUAUUUUCCACCCGAUCCGGAAGCUGAUCUCGCCGAAUCAUCUCCAGAAGAGGUACCUUUGCUGCGGCAGAAAUAUCGUCCCGCUACAAGCACGACACCCAAGCCGGCCGCUGCAGCGACGAUCUCCUACAAUCCCAAAGAUAAGAAUGGCCCAUCGAACUGGUACCGAAUCGAUGCGCGCUGUGGUGGGCGCUAUCAGAGUCCGAUACUGUUGAACACUAGUAGUGCUCUCGUGGUCAACCGGAAGCGUCCGCUCCGACUCGCGGGCCAAACGAAUUUGCCGGACUCGAUCCGCCUGCAGAACGACGGUCAUUCGGCCAAGUUCACGUACAAUUGGGGUAAUGUUGAGCGCCCGGUGCUGAGUGGUGGUCCACUGAAAACUAAGUACGUUUUUGAGCAGUUUCACUUUCAUUGGGGGUCGAAUAGUUCCGUUGGUUCCGAGCACGUGCUCGAUCAGCGACGCUAUCCGUUGGAGAUUCAUCUGGUGUUUUACAAUGGACUGUACGGUUCGUUCCAAGAAGCCAGCGGGCAGGUGGACGGUAUUGCCGUGGUAGGAUUGUUCUACGAGAUCUACAAACACUCGGCGAACGAGCAGCUCAACACGUGGACCUUCUUCCUAUACAACGUCGUUCAACCGAACAGCGAGUACACGAUCUCGUUUAUCGAUACCUUUCCACUGUACGAGAUAAUAGGGGACAUUGAGUGGCCAUACUUUUCGUAUGAAGGUAGUCUUACCACACCGCCCUGUCUGGAGACGGUUACGUGGAUCGUUGCGACCAAACCACUGCUGGUGACCGAGAAGGAAAUGAAUCAGUUCCGAAGGUUGCGUUCCACUACCGGACUGUUGGUCAACAACUAUCGGCCUGUGCAGAAGCUAAACAACCGCCGAGUGUUCUUAUACUAACGCCCAAGACUAAGAUAGCCUCUUGUAUUGUAAGCCUAAGAAGAUGGCCGGGCCUUAGAACCGUUCUACUUUUAGCAACCAAACCAAAGGAAAACCAAUGGUAGGAUAAGGGAUGUUCCACCAUUGCCACCAAAAACUGAGAGCGACGAUCAAAGUACUAUAGUAUAUAUUAAAUAAAUGAAUUUACCCUUACACAAGGAUAUUGCAG